AUGAAGGCUGCUGUGGAAGACGGGAAGGAGAUAGAAUUGAUUAGGAAGAAGAGGUUGCAAGAAGUGAAGAUGGUGAACGAGGAACAAGUCGGGGAUCUGAAGAAUGAUUUGAAAGAAGAAGAGGUGAAGGAAGAGAUAGAGGACGAGGAUGGAGAUGCUGAUGAGGCGUUGGAGGGAGAUGAUGUUGAUGAAGACGAUGAGGAGGAGGAGGAGGAUAGCGAUGUGGAGGAGGUGCCAGCGCCGAGGGUCGGGAGCGCGCCUGUGUACACGGUGGAUUCUGAUGAUGAUGAUGAGGAAGAAGAAGAAGAGGAGGAGAACGGGGGUGAUGGGGAUGAUGGAGAUGGAGAUGGAGAUGAUGACGAUGAGGAGGAAGAUGAUGGCGCGUCUGCCUCGUUGUCAGCUUGCAUCGUCGAGCUUCCAUCAGUCGAGUCUCAGUUCAUGUCCGUCAAGCUUGCGUUGUCGACCAUCCGAGUUCGUCGAGCUUGUGUCGUCGACCGUCUACAUUCAUCGAGCUUCUAUUCGAGUUCGUCGAGCUUGUUUCAUCGACCAUCUUCAUCCGUCGAGCUUCCAUCUGCAUCUGUUGUUGCCAGCUUGCGUCGUCACAAGCUUUUCCCACGCACGAUUUCAUUUUCCCGUGCCCAAUCGCAUUUCCUCGUUGCCUAUUUCAUACGCGAGACGCUCGACGAGCUCACGAGUCGAGCUGUGGGUUGUUAG